AAUGAUGGCACUGUUUCAAAGGUAACAAAAUCAAAAAUACUAAUUUCUUGUAGACGGCAUAUAUAUAGAGAACCAGAGUUUCAAUGUGUUGCAUUACUCAGAGAAAAAGAAUGUUAUUUAUUGUCACCAGAGUUGUGUCUUCUGCAGGAGGAACGAAUGUGUAUGCUACGUCAGUACCUUCCAGCUGACACAAUGGACGAAUUGAAUGAGAAACAAUUCAUAGAGAACGUUGAUUUCUUUCCCUUGGUUUGUAAAAUGGCAACAGGCACAAAACCCGAAGAUAUCCAGAAACUGUUUGAAGCUCCCUUGAAAAUCAUCAAAUUGAACCUACAAAAAAUUAUACAUGCAAACAAAUACCAAUUUUGCGCUCUAACUUUGUGCAUUUUAUUUGACGAUGGAUUCAAUGAAGAAUGGCUGGAUUUCAGAGCAGCACCAGAAAAAGAGAAGUACAAAAUUAAAGGCAUUAUUGACGAAUUUGACAUAAAGUUUGAAAAAGAAUUGUUUAGAAAUUAUUUAAAAUCAGGUUUUACGAUAUUAGAUGGUCCCUUUUUAAAACAGACAGGCACGGAAUAUAGAAUAGUACAUGACAUGAUAUAUAAGUUGGCAGCUGUUACCUGUGGACAGGAAUGUACAGAAUGUUUUAUCAAAUAUGCCCCUUCCGGAUUUAUUCGGGAUCUUUUUAUCUUUGAAUCUCUUACAGCAGCUCAAGGAAAUGAUGAUUUAAUUGCAAUAUCGACAUACCAAGAAGAAGAGUUUUUUGAAAGACUGUUACGUGACUUAAAACAUGAUGACAUUACAAGUACAUUCCAUAAUAACCAGUUGGAUAAUCAGUUAUUUAUGGAUGAGUUAAUAGGAUUUUUUGGAAGGAAUAAUGAUGCAAAAUCAGUCUUGAAGAAUCUUGAUUUAAGAGGAUGCAUUUUACAAAAGGACCAUGAUUAUCCAUGUUUUUCUCCGUGUAAGACAGACUGUAAUACAACACCUUUGAUAGAAUCAGCUUCAAGAGGUUACUAUGACAUUGUUCAGUUUCUGAUUGGUAAUGUUAAAUGCAACGUGAAAAACACAGACGGUCGUGGUAGGUCGCCUUUACACGAGGCGUCACAUAGAGGACAUUCAGAUGUAAUUAAAGUAUUAUUAAGGAAUAAAGCUGUUAUCAAUCAGUGUGACAGACGGGGAAAAUCGCCAUUGUAUUUGGCCUGUGAAGGGGGAUACAAAGAAACAGUAAAACUUUUACUACAGUACAAUGCUGAUAUCUCUCAGUGUGACGAAGAUAAACGGUCUCCCUUGCAUGCAGCAUGUGGAGGAGGACACAUGGAUAUAGUGAAAUUGUUACUGAAGGAAAAUGCUGAUAUCUAUCAGUGUGAUAAAUACGAAAUGUCUCCAUUCUAUAUGGCCUGUAAAGGAGGAUAUACAGAUACAGUAGUUUUUUUAUUACAGUACAGUGCUGAUGUCUUUCGAUGUGACAAAAACAAUUGUCCAUUACAUGUGCCAUGUGAAGAAGGGCAUAUGGAUAUCUUUAAACUGUUACUAAAGAACCAUGCAGGUAUCUCUCAGUGUUCUCAGUCCCCUUUGUAUUUUGCCUGUAAAGGAGGGCAUAUUGAUAUAGUGCAAAUAUUACUGCAGUUAAACGCUGACGUCUUGCAGCUUGCCGAAUGCUCUAGUUCUCCAUUGCUUAUUUCCUGUGAAAAAGGACACACAGAAAUAGUAAAUCUUUUACUGCAAAACAAUGCUGACGUCUCCGCCUGUAACACUUCAGGCCUGUCUCCUUUGUAUGUGUCCUGUGAGAGAGGAUAUACAGAAAUAGUAAAACUAUUACUGAAGAGCAAAGCGAAGGUAUAUGAGUCAUGUCAGUGUCACCCAGAUAAAGACUCUCCAUUGCAUGUUGCAUGUGCUAAUGGACAUACAGAAAUUGUGGAAGUGUUACUGCAGUACAAUGCGGAUGUCUCUCUGCGUGACUAUUACGGUAAAUCUCCAUUAUUUGUGGCUAUAAAAGAAGAACAUGAAGAAGCAGUGAAGCUGUUAUUGCAAAACAAAGCUGAUCCCUCUGAGUGUUACAAUGAUGGGUAUUCUCUAUUGUUUAUGGCCUGUCAAAAGGAAUGUGUAUAUAUUGUCGAACUGUUACUGCAGUACUGUGCUAAUGUCAAUCAAUGUAACAUUGAUGGAGAAUCCCCGUUGUUUACGGCCUGUCAGACAGCAAAUAUAGAUAUUGUCACAUUGUUACUGCAGAAAUGUGCUGAUCUCGCUCUGUGUGACAAUGAAGGAACCUCUCCAUUGUAUGUGGCAUGUGAAAAAGGAAGUGUAGAAAUUGUCAAAUUGUUACUUGAAAACAAUGCUGAUCCAUCUCAGUUUACCAAUGAUCAAAUUUCUCCGUUAUUUGUGGCUUGUCUAUAUGAAUAUGAAGAUAUUGUUAGACUUUUACUGAAGUACAGUGCUGAUUCCUUGCAUUGUAACACUGAAGAAGAAUUACCGUUGUAUGAAGCCUGUCAAAAUGAAAAUAUAGAAAUUGUAAAACUCUUACUACAGCACAGUGCUAAUCCCAAUCAGAAUGACAACGAAGGAUAUUCUCUGUUGUUUGCGGCUUGUCAAGCAGACAAUAUAGCUUUAAUCGAAUUGUUACUGCAGCACGGUGCCAAUGUCUCUCAAUGUACCAAUGAUGGGGUGACUCCAUUGUAUGCAGCAUGUGAAUGGGGAUGUACGGAUUUAGUAACAUUGUUACUCCAUCACAAAGCUGAUAUAUCUCGGUGUAACAAUAAUGGAGAAUCUCCGUUGUUUGUGGCCUGUCAAAAACACGAUUUAGAUGUUGUCGAACUGUUACUGCAGUACAAUGCCGAUGUCUCUCUUUGUAACAUUGAUGGCGAGUCUCCAUUACAUGCAGCCUGUGAAGGAGGAUCUAUAGUCUUAGUAAAAUUGUUACUGCAGAACAAAGCUGAUCCCUCUCUGUGUAACAACAAAGGACAGACUCCGUUGUUUGUGGCCUGUCAGAAACUCGAUAUAGAUGUUGUCCAACUGUUACUGCAGUACGAUGCCGAUGUUUCUCUUUGUAACAAUGAUGGUGAGUCUCCAUUGUAUGCAGCCUGUGAAGGAGGAUCUACAGAUUUAGUAAAAUUGUUACUCCAGAACAAAGCUGAUGUAUCUCAAUGUAAUACAAACAGCCAGUCUUCAUUGUAUGUAGCUUGUCAAAAAAGUCAUGUAGAAAUCGUACAACUGUUACUUGCAUGGAAUGCAGAUGUUAGAAUGUGUGAUAACAAUGGUCAUUGUUGAUAUUGCACGUAAAUCACAGUGUGGGGCAAUUGUAAAUCUUUUGGAGAAGAAUCUCCAAUUAAAAGCGUCACAAGUAAGAUGAGCAGUUAGUGCUAGAAAAUAUCAGUUACUAUUUAAGAAUUUCUUUUAAUCAUGGUUUACUAAUUGUAUCUUUUUGCAAAGACCUACAGUAUGUAGAUGAUACAAGUAAUUACGCGCAUACGAGUAAUUGAUUAAAAUAUCUAUGUAGAGUAUUUAUUUGGCAAUAUGUUUGAUGGAAUGUAUGUAAAUGGUUUGGCUAUGUAUGUAGAGUAUGCAAUUGACCAUUAUAUGUAUGGAGUGCAAAACAUCAAUUUGUAUAAAGAUGAAGUGUAUAUAAUUUGUCUGUUUAUGUUUUGAGUGAGUAAAUGCUUUGUUUAUGUAUGUAUAAGAUGUAAAUAAAAAGUAUAUACAUUUGUACUUGAUCAGUACAGAUAUGGACAAUUGUUUUAAACUGUAUUGUUAAUAUUUGUAUGUAGUAAUAGUAAUUGAUCAGUAAAUUUACAGAUCUAACAUUGUUGGGUUGAUGUUUAAACGAGUUGUAUAUAUAUAUAUAGUUCAUAGAAACAGCUACAUAAUGUUCAGCAUAUCGAUCCAGGAAGUGUAUAUAGUUUGUCAUUGUGUAGAUGAAGUGUACUGUGGAUUCAUUUUAUUUUCAUGGGUACCAAUUUUCGUGGAUUGAGGAACACUUGCAUUUUAGUGGAUAUUUGAUUUCGUGGUUUUCAAAAAGUCUGCAUUAAAUCAUACAGCAAAUUUGCAAUUCGUUUACCAUUUAAAUUCGUGGUUUUCAUGUAACUACGAAAUCCACGAAAAUUGGUAUCAAACUAAUAAUAAUGAAUCCACCGUAUGUUAUUUGCUUGUGUGUUAAAUGAAAAAGUUUCUGUACUGUUAAACAUAUGAAUGAAAAGUUUGUAAUUGUUGAGUAUGUUAAUUCAUUUGUUGAUUAGGACAUAUAUUCAUAGGGGGUAUGUAAUAACUUAGUGUAGUCAUGUAGUGUAUACCAUUGGUAAAUGUCGGCAUCAAGUGUUAGCAAUUCGUCAGUAUGUGUAGGGAGUGUAUAUAAAUGAUUGGUGUAUCUAAGAAGUGUUGGUAAUUGAUCAAUAAAUGUACGAAGCGUAUGUCUUUAGUCAGUGUGUGUAUGGAAUACAUGUAUGCGGUCAGAGUAUGCAUGUCCGUAUUUGUUAUUGGUCAGUUAUAAAUGGAUUUUGUAUACUUGGUCAGUAUGAAGUGUAGGUAAUUGGUUAAUAUAUGUAUUGAGUGUAAUGUAUUUUUCAGUUUAUGCAUGGGUUUAUGUCGUCAUCUAGUGUUUAUGUUUAGUGUAUAUAACUGGUCAUUUCAUGCAUGGAGUGAAUAUGAUAGGUCAAUGGAUGUAUGGAGUGUAUGUCAUUGGUCCGUAUAUGUAAGAACUAUAUGAAACGUGUCAGUACAUAUACUUUUACUUUUUUAUUAUACUAUACUUUUAUCUAUUAAUUCAAAUAUUUGUUUAUCUAUUUAUUGUAAAAUACUUUUAUCAGUCUAUUGUAAUUCAUUUUUUAUUAAUUUAUCUGUUUAUUGUAAUAUACUUUAACCAAAGCUGCAAACAGAAUUAUUCGGAAGGGAUAUAGUUACGAUACUAUUGUCAGGUCAUUAAGGAUUGCAUAUUUUGGUAUUAUUAUUGAUUUACUCAUAGGGUCUUUGCAUCGGCAAAAACGCAUUUAUUCUAAAACCAGUUGUUGGCUUGAUACGGGCUAUGUUCUUCUCAUAAAUUUUAUGAUGGUAUGCUACUAAACCCCUAACGGGAGGGAUUGAACUUGAUUUUCAUAUGAUGAAGACAUAAUCUUUCAAUCAGUUUAAUUGAGGUCUCGAGCUGGCAUGUCAGUAUCUGCUAGUAGUCCUUUGUUAAUUUAUGUAUCAUUGUCAUUUUGCUUAGUUUCUUUUGUUACCUAUUCUGACAUCGGACUCUGACUUCUUUUAAACUGAGUUUUACUGUGCGUAUUGCUAUGUUUUUCUUUAUUCUACAUUGGCUAGAUGUAUAGAAGAGGGUCGAGAUCUCGUAAAACAUGUUUAGCCCCGACGCAUGUUUGCGCCUGUCCCAAUUCAGGAGCCUCUGGCCUUUGUCAGUCUUGUAUAUUUUUUAAUUUUAGUUCAUUAAUAUGUUUUUGAGUUUAGUGUGACGUCCAUUUUCACUGAACUAGUACAUAAUUUGUUUAGGGGCCAGCUGAGGACCACCUCCGAGUGCGGGGUUUCUCACUGUGUUGAAGACCAAUUAAUGGCCUUGUUGUCUGCUCUAUGGUCGGGUUAUUUAUCUCUUUGAUAUAUUCCCAAUUUCCAUUCUCAAUUUUAUUUUAUCAGUGUUUUGUUAUAAACAUCAAUUAGUUUAUUGUAAUAAUCUUUAAUCCGAUAAUUGUAAUAUAUUUUAGUUAUUCUAUAGUAAUAUACUUUAGUUAGUUUAUUGUAAUAUACUCUAAUCAGUUUAUUGUAAUAUACUUUAUUGAUUUUAUUGUAAUAUACUUUAAUCAGAUUGUUGUAAUGUACUUUAAUCAGUUUAUUGUAUUUUACUUUAAUCAUUUUAUGUUAUAUACUUUAAUCAGUUUAUUGUCGCAUACUUUAAUCAGUUUAUUGUAAUAAUACUUUAAUCAGUUUGCUAUAAUAUACUUCAAUCAGUUUAUUGUAUUAUACUUUAAUCAUUUUAUGUUAUAUACUUUAAUCAGUUUAUUGAAAUAAUACUUUAAUCAGUUUUUGUAAUAAUACUUUAAUCAGUUUGUUGUAAUGUACUUUAAUCAGUUUAUUGUAAUAAUACUUUAAUCAGUUUUUUGUAAUAAUACUUUAAUCAGUUUGUUGUAAUGUACUUUAAUCAGUUUGUUGUAAUAUACAUUCAUAUGUGUGUGUUCUCAUAAAACAGAUUGCGUUGCAAUAGACACUUUUUAAUGGUAUACACACCUAUCUGUUUGUUGUUAUAUGCAUUUUUUAACGAUAUACCCUAUUGGCCUGUUUGAUGCAAGAGACACUCUGUAUUUUAAAUUUUUUUUAAUAGUAGAUAAUUGAACUAAACAAUUUGUUUGAUUUAACUUUAGUGAACACUAUUGAACUGUACCUUGAAUAAUUUGCCUUGAUUGUUGGAUUUGAACUUGUCAAAUUAAUUAAACAUAUUCCUUUCAAUUCCUGAUAAACAAUUUCACAAUACAUAUAAAUUUAUAUUUUGCAUAUCGUUCGAUUUAGAAAGGUUAAAGUAUUUGAAUUUUACACCACUUUUAAAAUUUUAACAUUUCUUUUGAUUUCAAAUCCAUGUUAACAUUCCUUAUAAAAUGUCUUCUUUUAAUUCAGUUUUCAAUUCUUAAUUUUAUAAUAGAAUGAAUUGUUCGCUGUAAAUACAUUAUAUACUUACGGUUGUUGUAGUUUUGAUUUGACAUGUAAUUGAUUCAUACCAAUUAGAACAUAUUUUGUUUUCACUUUCUGUACAUUUGGACAUUUAUGUACUGUCUGUUGUUACGUUUUAUCUGUCAAACUUUCAAAGAAUUUCACAAAUUUGGCGAAAAAAGCUUUUUCAUGAUAAAAAAAAAAUCCAGUGGAUAGUUUGGAUUAAUUUGUUUCUCCUGGAUAAACUAAUAAUUGAACUUUUUGACAGUAAAAAUUGAAAAAAAAGUACGGGGUUUAAGAGUUAAAGACCUCAAUAAAUUUGUUAAGCCUUUUUUAAAUGAAAUCAAACUUAUAUCUAAAAAGUAUUAUAUUCGCUUUCUAUAUUUUACAACAAUUCUGAGGUUAACUUUUAAUAUCAGAUAUAAACAAAUAUUUGAUAUUUUCGAAUUACUGAGGAUUUUUUUUUACACAAGUAAUAAAUACAUAAGCUGUACUUAGAAAACUUUCCGAAACUGUAGAACUUUAAUGUUCUUCAACUAAGAACUUUUUUUGGCUUUUUAAGGUUUUUGAUUUGAGAGUAACUGAUGAGACAUUCGAGGACCAAGCGCGUGUAGCGUACUAAAUUUUAAUCCUGGUCUCUAUUAUGAGUUUAUUUACAUACAUAGACAUCAAUGACUGGAAAACCUUCAUGAUCUUUUUGAUGAUCAAGAAAUAGCUGAUGAUUAUUAUCAUCAGUUCAAUUUUCAAUGAUUUACGAAAUUGUGUUUUUUACGAAAUCAACGUUUAUUUUUAAUUUUAGUCAUGUUUGCUUGAUUUUCUGUGGCAUAUGUAUUUUUUCACUGGAGUGUAUAUCAAUACUAAAUAUAGUUAAGGAAUGGUUUCGUUUUAACUUUUUAAUAAGUUUAAUAAAGGUUCAUAAUAUACAAGGUAGUCAAAUUCAAAUGGGCUAUGUUAAUACAAGUCAAUAGUGAUACAGUUAACAAAUAGUUUAUGAUUAAAAUGACAAUCAAUUGUCAUUGUACCAAUGGAUGAUGCCAAUAUAUGGCGACUAUGUAUGUCGAUAUUGUAUUAAUUGCAACGGUCUGGAUAGUAAUACCAUUCCUUCUUAGAUACAACUGGUUAAUAUCAUGCCUUGUAUGCAUUUGUUUACAUUUUUUAAAAAGUUUGUGUUUUAUGUUCGUUUGUUCUUUUGUUGUUUGUUUGUUUUGUUUGUUUUGUUUUAUUUGUUCUUUUUUUGUUUUUUUCUGUGUUUGCGUUAUAAUCGUUUCGUGUCAGUACAAUAUUCAUGUAUAUCAAUAGAUAAUAAUACUUAAUACCAAUAUAACUGUAUUUAUAUGUUUUAUUCAACGAAUUUUAUUCAAACUAUAUAUACAAACAAGAAAUGAUUGUAACAGGAUGCUGUUACGAAGUCUCCCAAACGAAACUCUCAUAAUUCGUCAUUCCUAGGGUCGCCUGACAUCACAAAGUCCAGUGAAAAUUGGUUUGGUCCAGUAAAAUUAUAUGCUUAAGUGAUGACUGGGGACAGACCCUGUAUAUCAUUCAAAUUUUUGUGACAUGACGAACAGGAAUAUAUAUGGUAUAGGGGUGGGGAUCUCGACCAUUUACAAGAUAUUUGAACUUUCUCAAAUAGCAGGGGGUGGGGGUGAUCCCUUGGGACUGACCCUAUAUAUCAUUCAAAUCUUCUUGACAUGACCAAUAUGAAUAUAUAUGGUUUAGGGGUGGGGAUCUCGACCAUUUACAAGAUAUUAGAUCAUUGGGGGACCCCUGGGGGACCCCUGGGAGACUGACCCUAUUAAUAAUUCGAAUCUUUGUGACAUGACGAACAGGAAUAUAUAUGGUUUAGGGGUGGGGAUAUCAACCAUUUACAAGAUAUUAGAACUUUCUCAAAUGGCAGGGGGUGGGGGUGAUCCCUGGGGACUGACCCUAUAUAUUAUUCAAAUCUUCUUGACAUGACGAAUAGGAUAUAUAUUUUUUAGGGGUGGGGAUCUCGACCAUUUACAAGAUAUUAGAUCAUUGGGGGUGGGGGGUCCCAUGGGGAUUGACCCUAUAUAUAAUUUGAUUCUUUGUGACAUGACGAACAGGAAUAUAUAUGGUUUAGGGGAGGGGAUCUCAACCAUUUACAAGAUAUUAGAAUGUUCUCAAAUGGCAGGGGGUGGGGUUGACCCCUGCGGAUUAAUACUUUAUUUCAUUUGAUGGACUGUAUCAUGACAAACAAGAAUAUAUACGGUUUAGGGGUGGGUAUUUCGACAACUUACAAGAUAUUAGAACUUUCUCAAAUGGCAUGUGGUAAGGCUGACCCCUGGGGACUUACCCUUCAUUUCAUUUAAUGUGCUUUAUCAUGACAAACCAGAAUAUAUAUGGUUUAGGGGUGGAGAUCUUGACCACUUACAAGAUAUUAUAACUUUGUCAAAUGGCGGGGGGUGGGGUGACCCCUGGGGACUAACCCUUUAUUUGAUUUGAUGUGCUUUAUCAUGUAGAACAUUUGCAAUUAUAAAGAUUGUGUCUAUCACUAACCGUUUUCAAGUUAUAAUCAUUUAAAGAUAAAAGAAAUUAAAAUCCCAUAGGGUUCUAUAGUAAACCCCUCCCUUCUUUUGGUCCCUCAAAGUACUUCUUUUCAGACCCAAAUGCACAAACGAAACCCUGAUUGCACCACUAGACAUGUUAGUCUAACAUAUUGUGAAACCUUAAGUAAAUUUGACUAGCGGUUUUGGAGAACGGGUGCGGACAAAUUCAUUUAAAAAAGUGGCGGAAGAGGAAGAGGGAAGAGGGAAGAGGGAAAAUUAUAAUCAUAACAAGAAGAACUGAGCAAAAACAAUAACUCUUCCCAAACUUCGUUUGGGAGACUUAAUAAAAGCAUAACACUGAUUUUUUUUUUGGAAUAAAAAAACAUGUGCUAGUUAUACAGUACUAUAGUAUUUGUCUUUGCAUAUAGAACAGUUUUGCUUCAGUUCACAAAUAUUUUUUAGGGGACAAUCGAAAGGCAUAUUCAACAGUUUAAUUGUUAAUGAACCUAUCUUUGUUUUUUCUUGGGAUAUAAUUGAAUGAACAGCUGAUUUUGACUUUGAACGCAGAAAGACUCAAUGUACUAUGUAUUCUAAAAGAGAUGAUCAAAAAUAAGCGUACAAUCCUUCCUGUUUUUCUUCGUUAGUUUGAUAAUUAAGUCACUAUUACAGACUAGCCUAAACUCGUGCUCUUGUGACUUAAUAGAUAUAAGAAGAUGUGGUAUGAGUGCCAAUGAGCCAACUCUCCAUCCAAAUAACAAUUUGUAAAAGUAAACAAUUUUAGGUCAAAUCACUGUCUUCAACACGGACCCUUGUCUCACACCGAACUGCAAGCUAUAAAAGGCUUAUACAAAGUGUGACUUGGAUGGAUAGUUGUCUCAUUGGCACUCAUACCACAUCUUCUUAUAUCUAUACACAUAUGAUAUUGAUAUUGUGGUAUUUCAAAUCUAUUUUGUUUUCUUCUUCAAAAGUGUCCUUUUCAAAACUAAUCACUAUUUGUUAAUUGUUAAUGUUUGGCUCAUUACGCAAUUUGUCAUAAAAUGACAAAAAAUCAGCCAUGUUUAGUGUUGGUUAAACUGGUAGAUAUGCCUUUAUAUUCAAAUAAUUUUGUCUAAUCAGUAGUAGCAUGAACCGUCGUUGUAGAUGGACCAGGUUCUUAAGAAUGUACUUAGAUGAAAUUGAGAAAAAUCUAGAAUUUAAAAUUGAUACAACAAGUCAGAAGAGCAUUAGUUAAGGAACAAAUAAAUUUUCACAUAUUGACAGGGUAUGGAACUUCUUGUUGAGAUAUUUGAUUUUAAAGAAAUGGCGGGAAAGGCUGACUGAUACUUUUACCUUAUAUUUAGCAUUGACAUCAAUUUGGUCUCAAAUGAUGAGAAAACAAAUCUAAAAUAUGCUUUAAUUUUGGUAAUGACUUUUUUAUUGAAGUCUUCUAUGAAUAGAAAAAUUGGUGAUAUGGGGCAAAAUAUUUUAAACUGUAUCGUAGUGAUAAGAAACAAUGAGUUCGAUCAUCUGACAAAAAUUCCUGAACCUGACUUGACUACAUCCUUAAUAAGCAAAAAUAAUGGUAACAGUUCGAUUUUUUUUUCUACUUUACUCUUGAUUGUUUAAAAUAAUUAGUUGAACUCAAAUCUUAGGUUUUAUUUGUUUAUACAAGUAUUAGCAUUGUAUUUUUAAUUUCGUAGCAUUGACAUUUGUACUAACAUAUAUAAUGAAAGACAAAUAAUGAAUAAAUUUAUAUGAACGAUA